CCCACAUCCGCACAGCGCAACCGUCCUUAGCGGGGCAGCGGCACUACGCCUCGUUUCUCUCAAAGCAUUGGUUGGGGCUUAAUCCGUGCCUGGCUUGGCGAGUGCAUCGAGUCCUACGGCCCAACCGCAGGACUGUAAUACUCUCAGUCCUAUCCUUCAGAAGUCAGCCGGUGCUGCUCAAAAUCGAAAUGGCCAGCCGCGGGAGUCAACAACAGCAACAAGGAGAGGCAGUCGAUCUCGCCUCCCUCAGCGCCCAGCAACUCAGCGCAGUCAAGAAGCAGCUCGACGGGGAGGUAGAGCACCUGUCGGCCUCAUACGCCCAGCUCGCCGCUGCCCAGGCCAAGUUCAAGGAGUGCCUGCGGAUAGUCAAGUCGGGCUCCUCGGCCCUUGACAAAGACAAGCCCAUCCUGGUCCCGCUCACCAACUCCCUCUAUGUCAAGGGCCAGCUUUCCGACCCGGACAGGGUGCUCGUCGACGUCGGGACGGGCUACUACGUAGAAAAGGACACCAAAUCCGCAGCAGAGUUCUAUGAUGCCAAGAUCAAGGAACUGGCCGGCAACAUCCAGGGGCUCGAGGGCAUCGUGCAGGCAAAGACCAACAACCUGCGCGUGGUGGAAGAAGUUUUACGCCAAAAAGUGUUGGCCCAAGGGUUGGGCGCGGGAGGACAGCCUGCAUCAUGACAUAACAAAGCCAGCAUGGCACAACGAUCAUAUAGCACAAUCUAUGCUGCAUAAACCAUCCAUCCUUGCCCAAACCGUCAAAGCUCAUGCGCAUGCUCACUGUCACGGCUGUUGUGGGCCCAGGAGUUUUUUUUUUUUUUUUUUUUUUUUUUUUUUUUUUUUUUUUUUUUUUUUUUUGUAAGGGUUUUCUUGUUCUCGACCUGCC